AUGUCGGUCGAUUUUGAAAACAGCAGCAAAGGCGUAGCAACAGCCACAUCGUCCUUGAUCCUUGAUGGAGGUGACUCCGUUGUGCUCCCUCCAAUCAUAAGACUCUGGAGUUUCCUGGCGUUUGGCGCGGAUCGGAGCGGGCUUGGCAGUGGUGUGGAGCUGCUGGACAUGGCUAACUCCCUUGAUUCCGGCGUGUUUGUCAACGAAUUCGUCUGGGGAAAAAAUUUAACAAUCCGCCGGAAGGUAGAAUAG